GGCGGGACGAGAAAUUUCUGCAAACGAUUCCAGUCGACCGACACUUCAGCAGCGUUUUAUGAUUAUGACAAAAUAAGUUUAUAGGAGUUGCAGCGAAUUUGGAGUUAGUGUGCGUGAUUUACAGAGUGGAAAUGGUGGCCAGGGGUCAGAAGCGUAAGCUCCGCAGAGAGGACGAGAGAGGAGGCUCGGCUUGGGAAAGUCAGCUGCAGUCUGUGCUGGACAUUUCCAUGGACAAAUACCAGCGGGACCAGGCUCUGGUGGAGCCCAGCUUACUACGGUCAGUUCUGAUCAACAACACCCUGCGGCAGGUUCAGUCUGAAGUCCGCGCACAGGUAGACUCACUCUCCCCUCUAAACCAAUCACAGCCCAAGCCUCAAGAUUUUCCCCAAAUACUCUCUCCAAUUGACCGUAACGCUCCUUUGUUCUCGCUGAAUGCUGAAAAUGUGGAGGACGAUAUCACAGGCUGGACAUCAGAGGAGGAUUUCUCAUUAUCUUCAGCCAUUUCUGCCAUUCUCAAAGAUCUGGACACCAUCAUCGAUGGGCCGUCUCAACGUUCUCCGCUCGGAUCCAUUGAGAAUUUACCUGGAUGUUCAGGUUUGAGGGCUGAAAAAUCAUACUGCAGAACAGAGCCUGUGUGUGCUAGUCAAGACGUGUCUUUAGAUAAACUACUUAUGGACAUGGACGCAUCCGUGUUUGAGCCUGAAGUGAAUCUCCUGCAAGGUUUUUCUGAUGAUUUAGUGAAGUAUCUACCAUCGCUGGCUAAAUCUCCAUCAGCUUCUUCAUCUGUGGUUUCUCCAGGUCAGGCCACGUGGGAAAUCCAGGAGAUCGAGCAUGUUAUGGACUUCCUGAUGCGGACGUACCCUUGAAAAUGAUUUUUAUGAUUGGUUGAGUUAUUUAAAUGUUUUUUACGGAGGUCUUAGACAUCUAAACGUAGAUGGCUUGGCUAAAGCAAGGCUAAAUUUGGACAGUACUGUCAGUAAAAAUUUAAGACAUCUAAUAGAAAGUCUAAUAGACAGAAAAGCCCAAAACUAGACUAGUCAACAAAUACAGAUUAGACAGACUUCACAUAUGUAGUUGUUCAUAUUUUUGUAUUUGCUGACUAGUCUAGUUUUGGGCUUUUAUUUGAUGUCUAAUAGAUGUUCACUGCCAGAUCAAAUUUAGCCUUGUUUUAACGAAGCCGUCUACAGUAUGUCUAGACAUCUAUUAGGCUUCUUACCCAGCAAGCAUUUUUUGUUUUUAAAAGAAGUCUAAUAGAUGUCUAAUAGACAUCUAAACAUAGACGGCUUUGUUAAAACAAGGCUUAAUUUGAGCUGUCAGUAAACAUCUAAUAGACAUCGAAUAAAAGCCCAAAACUAGACUAAUCAUCAAGUACAAACAUAGAAAAUAACUACAAAUGGGAAGUCUGUCUAAUCUGUAUUUGCUGACUAGUCUAGUUUUGGUCUUUUUUUCGAUGUCUAUUAGAUGUUCACUGACAGCUCAAAUUUAGCCUUGUUUUAACGAAGCCAUCUACAGUAUGUCUAGACAUCUAUUAAGCUUCUUACCCAGCAAGCAUUUUUUGUUUUUAAAAGAAGUCUAAUGUAUGUCUAAUAGACAUCUAAACAUAGACGGCUUUGUUAAAACAAGGCUAAAUUUGAGCUGUCAGUGAACAUCUAAUAGACAUCGAAUAAAAGUCCAAAACUAGACUAAUCAACAAAUACAAACAAAUUAAUCACUACAAAUGGGAAGUCUGUCUAAUCGGUAUCUGUUGACUAGUCUAGUUUUGGUCUUUCUAAGAUGUCUAUUAGAUGUUCACUGACAGCUCAAAUUUAGCCUUGUUUUAAUGAAGCCAUUUAUUUUUAGAUGUAUAUUAGAUAUCUAUCAGACUUAUAAAAAAAGGGCUUCUUUUGGAAGCACAAUGGGUUGUUGAGGAAUAACUGGUUACCCAGCAAGCAUUUUUGUUUUUAAAAGAAGUCUAAUAGAUGUCUUAUAGAUGUCUAAACGUAGAUGGCUUAGAUAAAACGUCAGGCUGUCAGUGAACAUCUAAUAGACAUCGAACAAAACUACACUGAAAAAAAUUCGGGGUUCCACACAAUUCCUUCAUGUUGUCCCAACAAAAAUCGAUUAAGUUAAUUGUUUUUAGAAAUUUAAGUUGAUUGAACAUAAGUCAAUUAAUUUAUCGCACAAAAAACCUCAAGAAUUAUUUUGAUUCAGCUCGUUAUAAAUAAAUAGUUUGAACAAGCAGCAAAAAUAUUGUUUUGAGUGUAGACUAGUCAUCAAAUAUCUAAUAUCUGUCUGAUCUGUAUUUGGUGACUAGUCUAGUUUUGGUCUUUUCUUAAAUGUCUAUUAGAUGUUCACUAACAGCUCAGAUUUAGCCUUGCUUUAAUGAAGCCGUUUAUGUUCAGACGUAUAUUAGACAUCUAUUAGACCUCUUUUAAAAACAAAAGGGCUUAUUUUAAACGUACAAUGGCUUGUUAAGGAAUAACUGGUUA